CGGGAAAUCCAUUUACCUUGAGCCGCAGCCACAGCUAGCCCGCCUACCGCUGACGAGCCUAUCUAGUAGGCAGGGAUCAAACGGGACGUGUUUAAGAUGAAUAAAUACAGUCAACGUUUAAUACCUGUCAUGUGCAGGUAUCGAAACACCAUGGUGUAAAGUAGCACGCCAUUAGUUCCGUAGAGAUUCUUGGAUCAUAACGUGUCUUUGGUGGUCUUUUGAAGCAAAUCGUCCCAUGUUAUGGAAGCGACGCGGAGAUCAGUCUGGCGGGCUGUCAUCACUUUCAUAAACAAGCCUGCUGGUCUGGUAGAUAUCUUUCGACAUUGAGACAUUGACGCAAUCAUGCCGGGGAAGUUGAAAGCCAAAAUUGUUGCGGGGCGCCACUUGCCCGUAAUGGACCGAGCCAGCGACCUUACCGAUGCAUUUGUGGAGGUCAAGUUCGGUAACACAACUUUUAAAACGGAUGUCUAUCCCAAGUGUCUAAACCCGCAGUGGAACUCAGAAUGGUUCAAAUUUGAGGUUGAUGAUGAGGACCUGCAGGAUGAGCCACUGCAGAUCACAGUCCUGGACCACGAUACAUACAGUGCUAACGACGCCAUAGGGAAAGUGUACAUCGACAUCGACCCCUUGCUCUGCAGCGAGGCAGCCUCCGUCAUCUCUGGCUGGUUCCCAAUCUACGACACAAUCCAUGGUAUCCGAGGAGAGAUCAACGUUCUCGUCAAAGUGGAUCUUUUCAACGACUUGAACCGCUUCAGACAGUCCUCGUGUGGGGUCAAAUUCUUCUGCACUACGUCUAUUCCGCUGUGCUAUCGAGCUGCCAUGGUCCAUGGGUUUGUGGAAGAGCUGGUGGUGAACGAAGACCCGGAGUACCAGUGGAUCGACCGCAUCAGGACCCCCAGAGCCUCCAAUGAAGCCCGCCAGAGACUCAUUUCCCUCAUGUCUGGGGAGCUUCAGAGGAAGAUCGGGCUGAAGGUAUUGGAGAUGGGCGGGAACGCCGUGGUGGGCUACCUGCAGUGUUUCGACCUGGAGGGCGAGUCAGGCAUUGUGGUCCGGGCCAUCGGUACAGCCUGCACGCUGGACAAACUCAGCGCCGGGGCCAAUGCCAACGCAUACACGCACCCCAACACCGCCCCGGCCUCCAACGCCUGCAACUCCCCGUCCAAGGACAGCAAGGAGCCUGUGUUCAGUGAGGACCCGCCCACGGCCCUCGGCCCCCUGACUCCCCUUCGAGUGCUCCCCUCCUCCUCUCCUCCCCCCUUCUCCUCCUCCAAGCCCUGCAGUCGGCAGUCCUCCUCAUCUGACACUGACCUCAGUCUGACGCCCAAGAUGGGUAUGGGCAGCGGCGGCAGCGUGGGCAAGGAGGCGGGACCUCUGAAGAUGCUCCUGAGACAGCAGACACAGACCGCCCUGGAGCAGAGGGAGUUCCCCUUCUUCACCCUGACCUGCUUUCCACCUGGCUUCCUGGUGCACGUUGGGGGAGUGGUCAGUGCGCGCUCGGUCAAACUCCUGGACCGCAUUCACAACCCUGAUGAACCGGAGACCCGGGACGCCUGGUGGGAAGAGAUUCGCCAGGAGAUCAAGUCCCACGCCAAGGCACUGGGCUGUCACGCUGUGGUGGGCUAUAGCGAGAGCACCAGCAUCUGCGAGGAGGUGUGCAUCCUCUCCGCGGCAGGGACGGCCGCCAUAUUGAACCCUCGCUACAUGCGCGAGGGAUGUCUGGACAUCGGCAGCGGUGACCACAGGUUUGACGAGCCGUCGCCCCCUAGCUGUGGCUUCUGCCACAUCCCCUACGACGAGCUCAAUAUGCCCUUCCCAGCCCAGCUGACCUACUGCUACCAGUGCAGACGACAGAAGGUUCCUGAUGUUCUAUUCACCACCAUCGACCUGCCAACAGAAGCUGCCGUGUCCGGCAAAGGCUGCCUCAUACAAGCUAGAUUGUGUCGUCUGAAGAAGAAAGCGCAGGGGGAGGUGAACGCCACGUCCAUCUCCAACCUGCUGCCCUUCAUGGAGUACGAGCUCCACACUCAGCUCAUGAACAAGCUGAAGCUGCGCAGCAUGAACGCCCUCUUCGGCCUCCGGAUACAGAUCAGCAUCGGGGAGAACAUGCUGCUGGGAUUAGCCUCGGCCACAGGGGUGUACCUCAGCGCUCUGCCCACGCCGGGGGGGAUCCAGAUCGCGGGGAAGGCCUCGGGGGACCUGAGUAACGAGCAGCACGUCCUGAGCAUUCAGAAGCGGAUCAACGACGCCAUGGCCAAGAACAAAGAGAUGUACCACAUCAACCCUCCGAAAUUAUUUGCCUUGGACCCAGAGGUGUUCCACGGCAUAAACAUGGAGCUGAGCGAGGAGGCAGCGGGCUCGCCCAUCCCGGAACCCAAGCAGCGCUCCCGGCUCUUCCGCUCUCAAUCGGAGAGCUCGGACGAACUCUCUGAACUGGACCUCUCCCACGGCAAGAAGGACGCCUUUGUCCUGGAGAUCGACGACACCGACGCAGUGGAGGACAUCCACUCCCUCCUGACUGAUGCCCCUCCCCCAGCCGGCUUCUACAGCUGUAACACGGAGGUGAUGCCGGGGGUUUACAACUGGACCUCUGGACUACAGAUGUUUACGUCAGUGAGGGUCUUACGGUUGAGUAACGCCAAUCUCACCAACCAAAGCCUCAACAAGAUCUUCACUGACAUGUGUGAGAAUCUGCUGAAGAGUCUGUACUUCAAGCUGCGCUCCAUGAUCCCGUGCUGUCUGUGUCACGUCAACUUCACGGUCGCCGUGCCGGAGGACGAACUCAUUCAGGUGGCGGUAACAGCGGUAGCCAUGAGUUUCGAUAAGGAACCGAUCCUGGAGAAGCUCGGCGACAGGGCCGUUUUCAAAGGAGCGGGCGAGAACGAGGACCAGCUGCAGUUCCCCAUGGAGCUCUGCGCCGAGUCUGCCUCCGUCGCCAUCAGCAACCUGACAGCCAAAUUCACAGGUGUCCCAGAGUACGCCGGCGGUCCGUCCAGAGCUACCUCGGUUGAUUACGGUUCCUUUGCAGACAGAUGCAGCACCUGGCUAGAGCUGAUUAGGCUGAAAGCUCACACCAUAAGACGAGGAUCAGUUAAGACAAGUAGGAGGACUCAGUCGCUAGCCCGCUCCGUCUCGUCCUCGGAGCGCUGCAGCCCCCUCCCGGAGGGGCGGUCCCGCUCGCUGCGCUCCACGCGCUCUUCGGGCGGCGGGGGGGGGGGCACGGCGGUCACCGUGGUGAAGAUGACGCCCCUGUCCUUCCUGCCCGGCACGCGGCUCAUCAAGUACCUGGGCAUCAUCAACAUGUUCUUCAUCCGCGAGACCACCUCGCUGCGGGAGGAGGGCGGUGUGAGUGGCUUUCUCCACACGUUCAUAGCGGAGGUGUUCGCGAUGGUGCGUGCGCAUGUGGCCGCCCUGGGGGGCAACGCCGUGGUCUCCUACAGCAUGAAGGAGUGUGUGUUCAUGGAGAACCCCAACAAGAACCAGGCUCAGUGUCUCAUCAACGUGAGCGGCGACGCGGUCGUCUUCGUCCGUGACACGGACCAAGAGGCCACGCCCACUCUGAUCCACACGUCCUGCGGCGGCACGGACGGGCCUACUUGAAUCCCCCCAGAACCCCCCCCAACAGGGCAGGCAACCUUUCCCUCCGUCCAAACACAAGGGAUUCGUCUCUCAAAGUCAACUUCCAAAGGCCAGGGCAACACUCUUUGUCUCUGCUUCUUUUCUUUACCUUUUUUUUUAUCAAAACAUUUGUAUGUGCUCCUGAGGUGAACGUCCUGGACUUCAGUCGACAACGGGUAGUAAGAGAUCUGGCCUACAUCCAUCCACACAGUUGAAAGCCUUUUGGUUUUGACGGCUUGUGUUUUUUGUGUCCUCCAUUGGGAGCGGACACACGAAGCUUCCUUUGCUUGGGUUUCAUCCCCAACGCAGGCCGCUGUCGCUCGCCCGACUAUAAAGGGACUAGAUGGGUCCGUCGUGGAGGAUUCAUUUCAGAUUUUAACCUGCCUGCUCUGGUCAAGAGUAUUAACACAAACUAGAUCCCAUUGCUAAUGGAACUCUACUAACUUGUUCUAGAAUAUUGGUAACUCACAACUGUGUGACAUUGAACUAAGACUGGUCUCCGAAGAUGCUUGUUUACUUGGAGUACACUUGUAAUAAACAUCCAAACAUGCCCCCUUGUGGGCAAAGCGUCGAUCACAUGACUGAUUUGACAUCAUAUGCCAGCCAAUUUUACCAGCCAAUCUACCAUGUUGUGUUCUUUGUCAAAUUGCUUUUACUUUGUGUGUGUUUGGUACAGCCUGCUUAAGUAGUAUCACAUAGAUGCCUCCAUUUGUUCAAGUCUGGGAGCCGUUUGAGUGGGUUCAAGUGACACAGGCUCAUCCAUAUAAUAAACUCAAUGCCUUUAGAUAAUAUUUCAUAAACAUAAAUAAUUCAUUGUACAAUAGAUUCAUUAUGAGAAUAUACGUUUAGAGGAUGCCGACCACUUGUUGAUUUUAACUGUUUGACUUUUGUUGGACAACGUGGAGCAGUUUGUCGCAAUGUUUAGCCACAAAACACUCAAACUGUUAGUGUACAAAUUGGUCCAAAAUCUCUUCUUUUUUUACUGAAAGACAACAUCUCUAUACUACUGAACUAGCCAUUUGUUAAUAUCGUCUGAUGCUGGAAAACAUAUAUAUAUACGGUCAAUAGCCUAAUAUAAUCUAGUCUAUGUGGCGCAAUACAUAUUUUAUUUGAUUUAAAAAAAAAAAGUAUAGUAUUUUUGUAAGAAGAAAUUACAUUGGUAAACUGACUGCUAAUUUUGCAUGUGCAACUAGGUCCUGAUAUUUUGACUCAUAUUGUGUCGGGAAUGCCGGUACACUUGAUUGAUGUUAAAGCAGUAAGAAUUCAAUUUGUGUUUGAAACUUGAAUGUACAUAGAUUGCUUUGUGUUUAGCACCAUGCAGAAUCACUUCAUCAUGAUUCAGCUUGGUUGCCUCUCAAGUCUUGCACAAUAAACUCAUUUGAAUACCA